CAAGUUCUUCGUAUGAAAUACUCCGACAAAUUACAACAUCCCUUGUCUAAACCCGGCAGAUGCUAAGGCCAGAUCGAGUGAGCUAGCAGUGUACCCCGCUGCCUUCUAUCGCAUCCUUUAUCACUAGCUCGAUUUAGACGGAUGAAUAUAGAUGUAAAGAACUUAUAAAACCAAGCUGGUUAUACAGAAGACUAGGUAAAAGGAAGGAAAGAAUAAACCACAGCAAAGUGAAAGAAAGUAAGGUUUCAAUCACGUAAGACUAGCAGCUUUAUCAAGAUAGCCAGAUAAACACGGCAGCAUUUCCAAGUAGGCAAGCAAGCAGUGUACUUCCCCAACUCUCGAAUCUGCCAAACAAAAGUUGUGCCAAAUAAAAGUAAUUAAAGAAACUUCCACAGUCAAGAAAAUAAGAGUUACUGCUCUGCUGGGAACGGAGUUAAGUGAGUCAUAAAAAACAGUUCUAGUUCUAACAAAGUAGAAGAUCUCUUUUUUAUUGGGUAAACAAAGUUCUUGAGCUGUCCGGUCGAUGAACAAAAUGAGCCAUCAAAGCUCUUGAUUCACAAGAUCAAAUAUGCUUACAGCAGGAGAGAUUAUCAUCAGGACAGCAUUCUCGAUAGUAACAGUGACAGGAGUUACUGGUAACGUCCUGGUAUGUCUAGUGAUCCUACUUAACCGACCCAUGCGAACACCGAUGAACUACCUACUCGUCAACCUUGCUAUUUCCGACAUGAUACUUUUAGUCUUCUUCACCCCUACGUUCAUCUUCAAGGGUGCAUACACCCAUCCCACUGGUCUGGCCGGGGAUCUACUUUGCGUGUUCUUGACAGGGGAGAGUUUUGCGUGGAUGGGAGGAUACGCUUCAGCGUUCUUCCUUGUUGCCAUAGCAAUCGAACGAUAUUUCGCCGUCACGAAGCCCGCUAAAAGUGACGUCAGCAUUACUAAAGAUAAUCUGAAGGUGCUCGUGUUUUGCUGUUGGUUUUUCGCUCUUUCUUGGAAUUCGAUUGGUUUUGCUGUCAAACGAUACGAUGAGAAAUUGGGAUUCUGCGCAAUGAGGUGGCCGGCGCAUUACUCGUUCAAGGUGUACAGCGCUCUAACGUUCGUCGUUCUUGGAGUCAUCCCUAUAACCACAAUGUGUAUUCUCUACUCCCGAGUCGUCCAUACGCUCUGGUUUAAACGUGAAGUCAUACAAGUCAAUAAUCAGGAAAUUGAAAAAAAGCGUCGAAAGAAGGUCACUAAGAUGGUGCUGAUUGUCAGCCUUAUUUACACCUUGUCAUAUGUCCCUGAGCUCACGAUUUUCGUGCUGUUCGCUUACGCGCCUCACUCUUUAGACGUCAAUAUCACGUACCCAGCUACUGUCGCCAUGGUAACAUUCAAUUCAGCGGUCAACCCCAUUAUCUAUGGAUUUCACAAUGAGAGAUUUCGACGUUACUUGAUUGAUCUCUUGUGCUGUAGGAAGACCAAUGCUCGUGUGGUGCCGUCGGAAUCAAGAGGAGGAAUAACCGCUGUAUCGAGUCACGCACGUCACGCACGGAAGAAAAGCACUCUUCCUGUAUCUGUUGUUGAUUUGGAAGUUUCGAACACUAGCAGAGUCACGUGAUGUGUCACGCAAGGCAAAAAAAGAUUAUGAAGUUCAGGGCACGCUUAAAAGCAGUUCAAAGAAACAAUCAUGAGAGUCACAUGCUUUGUCACGCAAAACCUGUCCCUCUUCAAAUGUUAUCCAAUCAUCAGAAUCACAUGACUUUUUAAUGGCCUAUAUAUCGUACUCCAGUCACGCAACAGAUGUUCGUAAAUAGAUUAAUGUUAUUUGUACCAUUCAUAUGCUACAAAAUAUUUAUCAUUUUAUCAAGGAUAUAAUAGAGAAUAUUGUCUUUGCAUAUCAAAACUUUCUACACUGAGACAUUUUCGAUGUAAUUUUCGUUGUAAAGUUGAUAUUCUCUUGAGAGGUAUUUCUUCCUCUAUUGGUAGAUGAUGACAAAACGCAAAGAAACACUUUCUCGAGAGAUUUAAAAUGUAAAAUUGGGCUUCCUGUGGAAAGACAUUACGUCCAUUUUUCAUGUGAUGAAAAGAUCUUCAUAUUUCUUAUUGAUAAUAAAAUAUAUAUUAACGUUA